CACUUACACAUACCAUUACCAUGUCAUUCAUAUUCAAUGUUACUGCUUGAAUAAUAUGUUGAGCAUGUAGCACACUGACUGUAGAUUCAGGUCCUCCAGAGCUCGAAAGUAACAAUUAAGUAUAUUUACUCAAAUACGUAAGUACAUUUUUAAUAUACAUGUACUUUACUUGAGUAUUUCCAUGUUAUGCUACUUUUUACUUCUAGUCAUUUUUGAUACAAUUUAACUAACGUAUUAUGAUUGAUUAUUAUGGAUGGCAGUUUUAAAAAAGUAAUUCAGGUUCUCUCCACCUUCACCAGCUGAACACGUUAAUAGAUAACUAAUAAUAGAUAACAGAUUGAGUAGUUGGCUACAUUUUGCUGCCAAUACUUACUGAAGUAACAUUUAUUUUAAAUGCAGGAUUUUUUCUUGUAACAGAGUAUUUCUACACUGUGCAUGGUUGUAUUACUUUAACUUCAGUAACAUCUGAGCACUUGUUCCACCUCUGGUCAGACCUAAAAGCAGGUUGUCACCGAUGGCUUAACUUUUCUCAUGAUUUAGGGAUGAGCACAAAGAAGAAGAACACCCCCAGUGGUGUGAUCACCUUCCACACACAUUUUCCUGUCGGCCUGCUGAAAUCAGAGGAGCGCAUGGUGGAUGUUAAGGGCACAACAGAGAGCCGAAAGACCCCCAUGCAGCCAAGCAUGAGUAUGAGGAGCCCCGGUGAAUGUGUGAGAGCAGAGGAAAGCGAGGAGGCCUCACCCUCUGGGUCAAAGCUGGGGGGCCAACAGGGAUGGCUCUCUCACGCCUCCCUCAGACGACUGCAGGGAAAUAUGGAGGCUGAAAAUCAACAGGUGAAGGAAAUAACCCAACCAUUACUGGAUACAGAAAAUGGUUUUGUGAAGGAGUUGGAGACGUUUCUGAUCAGACAGGACUUCACAAAGCUGAGGAGGAGGGAGAUGCUUCACAAGCGCUGGACUGAGCGUGUGUGGUUUCCCCUGCAGAGGAGGGUGGAGGAGCACGUGUCCAGCUGUGGCCCCGCGGUGUGCAAAAGCCGCCAGAGCCUCUACAGUCACUUCCUCCAUCACUGCAACACGAAGGGCUUUGUGUUUCUAGAACAUUAUGAUCUAAAGGAAUACGAUCCGUUUCUUCUCCGCAUCAAAAAGCAACGCUACCUCAACGUGAAGCUCGGUACGGAAGACUUAAAGGAGCCAUUGUGCCUUCAGUUACAUGAAAGACUGAAGGAGAAGAGAACAGCCUCUUCUUGUGAAGCAGGAUGUAGAUACACAAGGAGACAAGUAGAGAAGCUACCUCAGAGCAACAUCCUGCUACAGGCCUUUUCACAUCAUCCAGUCACUGCAGUCAGAAACACUCCAGUGGUGAAUGAAACUGGAGGAAGGAAGUCUAGCAGGUUCGUCAACAUACCGUACCGGAUCAGUUCCACCGCCACACCGGAUGGAAGGUGCCAUAGGAACGGUUGAUUUGCCUCCAAAUGUGGAUGUCAGCAACAACCAGCAAUUUUAAAACAACACCAGUCCUUGGUUACAUCGAAAUAAAACCCAUAUUAACG